AUGAAAAUUUUAUUCGUUUUGCUCAUGAUAGUAACCAUUAAGUCAGAAAGAUUAUUGGUUUCUUAAGAUGCUGAUUUUAAUGAUGAUGACAAUGAUUUUGCAGGUGGAGUUUAUCCAACAACAGAUUCUAACUCAGAUGUACAUGUAAAUCUAGAUUAGACUUAUAAUAAAGCUCUUUAAUUUGCAUAAAUGCAUUAUGCUGAAAGUUGUAAAUUGAACGAUUUAGAAUGGGAAAGUUUAGAUGGUUCAAAGAAUUAGAUGGUUUAAGGAAUGCUUUAUUAUGUAAAUGUAAAAAGGAUUUUAGUUCAAUGUAACUUUGAAGGGGAAUGAGAAAGAGGAGAGAUAUGAAAUUCAAGUAUGGAUUUAGGCAGAUAGAGAAUAAACUGCAGAGAUUACUUAGUGUAAAAAAUUAUGAAUAUUAAUAUUAGAAUUG